AUGGAGGUGCCACCGAGAGUGUUCAGCUACGCUCCAACCAUUCGGGAUACAAACGCACUGUACCUCUCCAACAUGAGCACUCAAAGCGAUGUUUUCGAUGGACAUGCUGCGGAUGUCCCGUUUGAGUUGCCAGCCGCAACCUCAGCACCCUCGCCGGCGCAGCCCGCUGCGCAGCCCGCGGCGCAGCCCGCGGCGCAGCCCGCGGCGCAGCCCGCUGCGCAGCCUGCGGCGCAGCCUGCGGUGCAGCCGCAGCCCGUAACGCAGAAUGGGGGACUGCCUGGCCUAGAGGUGACGGUCUUUCAGGACACCACCACGGCAGCGGCUGUGGCCCCCAUCGAGGUGCCUGCUGUGACUACGGUGGCCCCGGCGGUGCCGCUACCAACGCUUCAGGUAGGGUCUGGCUGUGCGCGGCCGCUGACGGCAGUUUCCGUUGCAACAGCCGUCGCGGAGCCGCAGCUGAGGUUGCACUUCGGGGCUUGUGGCACCGGCCCUGCGGCUGUGGUGGCCGCCAAGCUCGAGAAAGACACCACGGUGACGGAACAUCCCGGCAUGGCUGGGCACCAGCUGCUGCGGUGGAUGUGUCAGGUAGACCCUGCAAACUGCAAAGACGUGUUGGCGGAGCAGAAUGGUGACGAGCCGGCCUCUGCGGAAGCUUUGCAGGGGCUCAUCGGACAAGGCCCUUGCGUCGGCCAGGGUGUUGUUCCGGAAGCGGGCACGGAUGCGGCGUCGGCCAGCGCGUGCCAAUCUGCGUGUCACGAGCGCAUUGAGCAGAAUCGGAAAGAUCCUUCCUUCACAUCUUGCACAGGCUUUGCAUGGGAUGUCGAAGCAAAGUCCUGCAUGCUCUACACUGGCUGGCCUGUGACGGAGUCAGACCCUUCCCUAGGCAAAGAAAAGACGUGCUAUUCCUUGAAGUACGAGGAUAAGCUCGUGCAGGAGGCGGAGCAGGGCAUUCACCAGCCAUUGGCGUUUGAUGACAAGGAGGUGAACCUCGACGUCUUCGAGGACCUUAUGAAACAGACCGCAGGCUCCCUGAACCUGGAGCUGGUGGCCAUGGAGCCCACGUGCUUCCAGGGCUUCGCGUGGUACGCCUUGAGCAAAGCCAUCCCCAUCGGCAAGGCCAGCUGGGACCUCAUUGGCCUCUUGGCAACAAGGAAUGCCGCUCCCUUUGUGCCCCUCGCAGAACCGGAGACCCAUGGCAUGCUCCAGGUGCUGGUAAAGCGCGCGUGCUUCAAGGAUUGCGAGGGGAAGCUGACGGGGGACUGCGCCGAGGCCGAAAGGGUGGAGAACGCGGCGCCGAAGUUCUCCGAACUGCCGGACCAGCUGAAGCCCGGGCCGCUCUACUACGACCCGGUGCCAUAUCCGCAGACGCGUGCAGGAGAGGUUGUGCGACAAAUGAUGGGCGACGAGACCUACACUGACCUUUUCUCAGUGCGUGAUGGCGUUUGGGCAUGGCACGCGGUGUUCAGCGUCGGCGCUGUCGCCCUGGGCUUUGUAGUGACCGCAGGACUCAUCACCUGCUGCACGUACAAGGCACCACUUCCGACACCCAACCCCGGGGACGAGAAGAUUCGCCUUGUCUAUGAUGGCCCAGAAGGUGAGCGCGAGGUUCUUCUCCGCCCGGCCGAUCAUCUCUCCGGGGCCUGGGGUUCCGGUGCUCCUGGGGCGACGAACCCCCUCAACACCGUUGGACCUGCAGUCGUCACACCGGCGCCACCGACAGAGACGCGCAGUCUCUUCAGCACGCUGCUGUCAACGCAGCCGUGA